AUGUCUGGGACCACGGACACAGUGAAAUACCUGGGUCUGCGGUUGAAUUGGAAAGGAAGAUUGAGAGCGAACGCUGGAAAGAUCCUUGAGGAUAUGCUAGUAAAUAUAUCCAAGGCUCCGCUGAAGCCUCACCAGAAGCCGGUGAUACUCAAAGAUUUUACAAACCCGCACCUGCAGUAUGAACUGGUUCUCGGCAGUGCGCACGGGAAUACCCUGAAAGCGUUGGACAUUGCACGCGGUGAGGGCAUGGUUGCGGUUGCCCAAGGACACCCCGUUGGGUUUCUUCUAUGCGAAAGUUAG